CGUGGGUGUGACGGGGCGGUGCUUGGCUAGUCACGUGACUUUCGUGGGCGUUUGUGGGCGUGCCUUUGCAAGUUGAAAGUUGCAGGUGUCUUGACAGGAGACUGAACUGUGUCUGAAGGCUUUUGCUGCGACUGGAGCCCUGUGUGCUUUCAGCUGAAGGCCUGAAACUGGAGGCUUUGGAUUCAUAGGCCAAACACAGCAUGAUACGAGAUAGAGGCUCAGUUUGGACAACAAAAAGAUGAAGGCUGGCGAUGUGUGUCGAUGCAUCAAUGACUUCACUGGCAUGUCAUCAGACGAACUCACUGUCUACAAGAAUGACAUUGUGCAGAUACAUUCCGUUGUGGACCGACACUGGAUGGAAGCGGAAGGGGGUGGAGCCGUUGGCCGUGUACCAUCUAGCAUCCUUGUACAAGUGGAUUUGCCUCCACAUCCACCAAAUCUUCCACUUUUUGUUGCAUCAGCAGAGUUCUUGCCUGCACAGGCUGGAGAUCUUGGAUUGGCCAGAGGGGAUUUCGUCAUAGGCCUAAACCCAAUUGACGAGUCAUGGUGGUGUGGAGAGCUGAAUGGCAAGAAGGGGAUCUUCCCCCGCAACUUUGUGUGGGAGAUCAAUACUGACAUUUUGGAGGUGAGCGACACUCAGGAGAAGCAAGUGAACAUGAAAGCGCGAGUGAUGAUGAGCAUCCGUGCACAGCUUCCUGAGGAGCUGAAUCUGUAUGCAGGAGACACCAUAAGGAUCACCCAUGUGAUAGACAAGGACUGGUUCAGGGGAGAAUCCAAUGGGGAAACAGGAAUAUUGCCAGCCAGCUUUGUGGAGAUUAUUGAAGAGAAUUCAGUGCCUUUGUCCUCGACUCCGUACCAAGAACCCCAGAGUGCCGCAAAGCCCAGUGACAGUUCGACUUUAACAGAGUUUCAUUCUGACGAUUACAACAGGCCCUCCCCCCCUGCAUCAAAGGAAAGUAUAGAGACAAGCUUGGACUAUAACAAGCCUGUCAGUUCUAGUUUUCUGCCCCCAAGCGCUGAGGAGAGUAACCAGAAGAGGCCAACAUCAAAUCUGAUAGACCAGGUGAGAGAUGCCCCAGUGAAGCUCUCCAACACAUCUUCUUACUGGAAGACUGUGUCAGGGGAGGCAGAUGAUGAUGAUGACAUAUUUGAUGAUGAUUACUUCAAGCAGAACAUGCCCAGCGUCUAUGCUCCUUCAAAGUCAGAGAGAAACAUAGCCUCGUCUACUGUAGGCCAAACACAGUUUAUGACCCCCCCUUUGAGUGAAGCCAGUGCCUCCCCUGCAUUUGCAGAACUGAAUGUCAAGCAAGAGAGCAAAAGUGUGGAUCUCACUGCCACAGGAAGCAGGUAUGAGAACUUGGGUUCAUGGGAUACAGGAACUCUUGAAGACCUUUCCACACCUAGUGCCUUAGCCAGUGCUCAGGAGCUGGAAGAACUAAACAGGGUUAACUCAAUUUCGAAAAAGGUGGAGAGUUACUUCUCUCAGAACUUGCUAGAAGACUCUGGGGGAGAAAAAAUCCUUAGUCGUAAUAACAACAGUCUGUUGAAGGAUUACAACUCCCUUUCUUCACCAGGAUAUAACGAAGACAAUACGGGUAUUGAGCCCUACGGUCGGGCUGUAUUCUCUUUUAGUGCCCAGUACCCAAAUGAACUUACCUUCAAAAAGGGUGAUAUACUUCACCUCAUUAAACACAUUGAUUCACAUUGGACUCUUGGCAGAAUUGGAGAAGCCAGUGGAAUAUUCCCCACAUCAUAUGUGGAUAUCAUAGUAAAUUGCUUGCAUAGUGAGGAGGAAAUGUUCCUUUCACGUUCUGAAGGUUUGCCUCAGACAGUGUACCUGGGCCAUGCACAAGCAGCUUAUGAUUUCAAGCCUUCAGAAUCAGGGGAUGUCUCAAUGAUCAAGGGAGAUAUCCUCAAGAUUCUAAAGUUUGUUAAUGAUAAUUGGGUAAUUGUGGAGAAUACAAAUGGCUCAAAAGGUAUGUGUCCUAGGAAUUACCUCCAUAUGUUAGUAGAGGGUUCGCAAGAGCAGACUGUGGCCCCAACGAGUCUGUCUCCUGGCUUGACUUCAGAGCCUGCUGCUGAGAGAAUGUCCCGCCUGCCCACCCAAGAUGUAGAGCAGGCUAGGUCAAGAAGUUCCUCACCCUACAAUGCUCUGGGAAAUCGUCGUUCCUACAAGAAAGAUGACUUUGGGUCUAUCAAGACUAAAGAGGUUGACCAAGAGCUGGCCAAGAACAUUGCAUCACUGGAUGUUACUCUGCGCAGCAAUCUUAGCCCUCUGGAGAAGAAGAGUGGUGAAAGUGUGUUCAGUGAGAGGGAGAGCAUUCAGAGUGAAAGCAUAAACAAAAUUCAGGUUGUCAGGAAAGCACCUGCAAGGCCUCUCUCUGUGCCUAAUAUGUCUUCUAGAGUGAAUAAAAAGUCUUCCACUGAUGGAAACACAGCACUUACUGAGACAGUAGAUUUGAGAAGAAUGUCUACACCUCCAAUAGUUCAACCAUCUUCCUCUCCGACCACACCAUGCACACCCAGCACUCCAACAACUGUGCAGAUGUCUUUAGAGGACAAGGUGGUACCAGUGGCAGCCCCUCGAACCAUGAUCCUUCCUCCAGUCCCUCCAAGGACGAGACUCAAUAAGUCAGACUCCACAAAGUCAGUUGCAUCAGAAAGUAUUGCAGAGUCUCCUCCUGAAACGGCUGUAAGUGAGGACAAGCAUUCAACAGUCACAGAAGAACCAGUAUACUCACAAGUACAGAAGCCACGACUCUCUGGAAAGCCGUCAGAGAAGCCGAGAAUACAGAAGUUAGAAAAGGGGACAAGCCUGACGAGGGGAGACAGUGCCAACAGUGCAGCCUUUCCAGAUGACAUCUCAAGUGUUAGUGAAAACAGUUACUCAUCAGGCUUGGCCAACGAAAGCACCACACCUGCUCUGACUCCUCAGAGGCCAGCACCACCUCCUCCACCAAAGGUUUUUGAAAAGGAUGAGGAACUGGAGGAGUACUACUCUCUGCCUCCUGAUGAUUUGCAUGUGAGUAGGGAGCACAAGUUACUUCAAGCAGACGAGGGGUUGGAUGCUGCUGGUGUUGAUGUUGAUGACAAAGCAAGCAAAAUAGGUGAAGGCACCACAGCAUCUGCUGAGGAAGAUGCAGAAAAGGCAGCUGCUUCCUUGGUGAGAAGAUCGAACCAUCGCCAUGAGCUGGUGCAGGAGAUGGUGACCACAGAGUACGAGUACAUCCAUGACCUUGAGGCGCUCAUCCAGGUGAUUCGCCUGGCCCCCUCGCAGAAGGAGGCUCAGACAGUCGAUAUCAAAACCCUUAUGGGGAACAUCAGCCAGGUUGUAGUUGUGGCAAAGAAAUUCUUGUCAGAGCUAGAUAAGGUUGCCUACCACAAAGAUGAGGAGCUGAUGGUAGGGCAGGUCUUCCUGAACUGUGCUGAUGAAAUGUGCGAAGUGUACAAGGCAUAUUGUUCCAACCAUAAUGUUGCUGCUGAACCUCUGUUAAAGAAGUAUAUAGAAGACCCAGGACCUGCAGCCUUCUUGCAGUGGGUGUUGCAGGAACUUCAGCAGCACAAGAUUCAGCUGAUGGACAUGAGAUCAGUCCUCAUCAAGCCAGUCCAGAGAGUCCUGAAGUACCCCCUCUUCCUGGACCGCCUUGUGAGUGAGACGCCCGUGGGGCACCCAGACUUCCAGGACCUGACGGAGGCCAAGGCCCGGAUGGCCAACGUGGCCAAAGACAUCAACGAGUACACCAAGAGGCUGGACCUUAUUAACAAAUAUCGUGCUGGAGGGGACCAGUCUCUCCAGAGCAAGAUGCAGAGAGUGAGCAUGCACUCAGUGGUAAAGAAGUCGGCCAGAAUCUCAGCCAUGGUUUCGGAGAUGCUGGGCAUCAUGAGCCAGACCAAAGACCCUGAAUUUGAUGAGGAAGUUGCCAAGUUCCGAUGUGUGCAGAAAGCAGCUCAGACAAUGGCGCAGGAUGUCAGCGUCCUCCUCCAAGCUGUCAUUGCACGUCACAAGGCUGAGAUGGAUAUUUCGAGGAAUCUUGCUGCAACUCUUCUUCAAGCAGCAGCAACUCCGGAGAUGGAAUCCAUCCAGAGGGUCACACAUGACACCUGUAAUAGGCUCGUCAAGAUGUUUGAUUCCUUCAUUCAGCAAAGGGUGAUUCAGCCAGCAAAGCAGCUUGUGAGCCUGUGUGAGGUGCCAGAAAGGCUGAUCCAGAAAAGGUAUCAUAAGAUGCUCGAUUACGACAAUGCGCAGUACAAGCUGGACAAAAACAAAGAUGCCACCAAGACCAGAAUUCUGGAAGAGGAGCUGUCACAGAUGAAGGGCACGUAUGAGGCCCUGAACACUCAGCUGAUGAUGGAGCUGCCCGUCCUGACCAGGUGCGGCAGUGAGGUCCUCUCCUUAGCCACGCGCUCCCUGGUGGCUGCUCGCAUGUACCUGCAAGGCCACCUGGCCAAACUCUACCUGCAACUGGCUCAGAUCCCAGGAUUGUCUUACACGGGUGAGGAAGAGAUGCUGGCCCAGUUCCGCGUCAAGUACCUGCAGCAGAUGGGUGAAUUCCGUCAGCUGAGUUUCAUCCCGGCUGACACCCUCCAGAAGACGCUGCCGAGAGCCAAGCAACGAAGCAGGAAGUCUGCAGAUAUGAGUGCUAAUAAGAAGGAGACGCCAGAGGCAACAAGGAAGAAGGUACUGAGCAGCUACCCAGCAAAUCUCAUUUAUGUUGUGACGGAGGUGCACACCCCAGCCGAGGUCAUGGAGCUGACGCUUUACCCAGGAGACCACGUAGCGCUGCUGAAGAACAAAGAUCCCCUUGGCAGGACAGACAGAUGGUUCAUUGAUGACGGAGACAACAAGGGCUUUGUGAGAGCAUCAUCCCUGAGACCUCUUCAGGGCUAUGACAGCAGGGUCCCACCCAGUGCUUCUCAGCCCUCCACGCUCCCCAGCUCAGCUCAACCCUCGGCUCCUGUCAUUUCACGUCCAUCCACCCUCCCCCGUGCUGCCCCUACCCCUCCCCUGCCUGAACGCCCACCGCGUUAUGAGGAUCUCUUCCCUGGAGCCUCAGCAACGGCCAUGGCACCCAGGGCUCCGUCACAGGCUCCACCAAGCAUGCAGUUCCUUCCCCCGGCAGCACAGCAAACACCUCCCCCCCACUACCCCAAUCAACAGUCAGACCGGGGUGCAUCUCCUCUCCCGAACAAAGGUGGUUGCCAAGAGCCUGCCACAAGGGGGCCAUACUACACACGGGUUGUGGAGAGUGAAUACUAUGCACCUCCGCUCGAGAGACAGCAGUCCAAUGAGUACAACUCUCCAGUUGCAGAGGAAAACAAUAUCUAUGAAGAAAUUGAUCAGGUAUCUGAGGCUUCUGCGCAAAAGAGAGACAGCAAAGAGCCGGAGGAAAGUCCCAUCUAUGAGGUCAUUAAGGAUGGGCAGUUAGUGGAUGAAGCCACCUACAGCAACACAGACCAGGACACUCUCCCAGAAACAGAGGCAGAAGAGUUUCCGUUCUACUAUGCACUAUACAACUUCGGUGGCUCAGACAGCACUCAGCUCAACUUGGUGGCUGGACAGGUCGUUCUUGUCCUGCACGCCAAGUCAUCUGAUUGGUGGUUUGUGGAAGAUCGCACUGGACACCAAGGUUAUGUUCCUGCUUCCUACCUCACUAAAUAUUCAUGAGAAAUAAACUCAAACAGGUUUAAGGUUCUGCCACUGUGUUCUUCCUUCCGGGUCUCUGUUGUGAAGAGGCUUUUUACUCUGCUCCUUGUGUCUUAUAUCUUCUUUUCCUGGAUUAUAUCUUUUAUUGCCCUCUUAUCUUUUUUUCUAUCUCACUUUCUAUCUGUGUUCCCUUCCCAUCCCACUUCCUCCUUCCUUCCCCUGUUUUCUUGCUUUAAUUUUUUAUCCUACUGCCCUUCCCUCUCUGUGGAGCAUUCUCCCCAUGACUGUCCUCUCUCUCUCUCUCUCUCUCUCUCUCUCUCUCUCUCUCUCUCUCUCUCUCUCUCACAUAUAGAUUUCGAGAUGAAAAAGAUGUGGGAACAGAGUAAGAGACGUUUGUUGAGAAGUUUUAGCCAUGGUUCACAUAAGCCAUAAGCCAUUGAUGGUUCUUAUAGUAACAACAAGCAUUUCUUCCUUUUUCUUCUUUUACUUCUGUUGUAUAUCUUUGUAUUUUUUUUUUUUCAAUUUCUUCCUUUAUAUCUACUCUACCAAAGUUUUGGAGAUUAUAUUUUAAGAAUCCCUAUCCUCUUUCUUGAAAUAUCUUGAGUAAUCUGCAUCAAGGAUUCAGAUAAGAAGGAACCAUAUCAUUUAAUUUCAUUACAAUUAAUUGUUUCUGCACAUCCCAAGUGUUCAAAAUGAUGCCAUUAAUGGUCCUUAGGUUAUAUUAGGUGCUCAGCUGAGUCUUGCUGUAAACACUUGUGUUAGUUUAAAACUACCCUUUCCUGUCCUUUACAUGUGUUAUGAUAAUAGUCAAAGUAGAGAGGUCUCAUCAGGGUGAAUUUUUGCACAGUAGGUCAUCAUUAGCUCCUAACAUGAUCCACCAAUGAUAAAAUCUUCCCCUUAACUAUUUGUCUAUAUUGAGGGCAUAUACAAUAUAUCCGGUAAUAGUUGUGUUGCAUUCAUUGAUGAAUUUCAUAAUGUAUGUAAAUUCUCUGCAGUCUGUGAUUGCUUUGAGAUGUAUUGCUUUUCUCAGUUUUUGUCUGUACAUGAGACUUCCAAAAGGUCAGUAAAAGAACUUUUUGUGUGUCAGAUAAAGAGAUAAAACCUUUGCUUAAAAUGACCAGGGCAAUGAUGUUAUAUUUGUUACUUUUGGGGUUUAUGUAAAGGUUGUAUGGUAAAAUGCCAGGUGCAGUCAGGUAAGGGAGGCAAGUAGAUGAUAAGAAAUAAUAGAUAAAUAAAGAAGUGAAAUCGUUGAAUUGAAGAUGAUUUUUUUGUAUAUACUUGUAUUAAGUAAUUCAGGAGAGUGAGAAGACUGUUUCAUGAACUUUGAAAUCAUUCCAUAUGGAAUGAAUUUGCACUUUAUCUCUAAAUGCCAUAUUCUGGGAUUUUGGUUUAAGAUGUCUUAUCAGGGAGUAUAUUUAGUUGUGCUGGAAAUGAUUUUUGUCACAUGCAAAACCACCUUUGCUUACAUGAGAAAAACUUUUGUAGCACAUACAGUAGUCUUGGUUACAUGAAAUAACUAAGCUUCAGCUAUGACUCUGUCUGUCCUGCUCUCCUGACACUUCAUAGUUAUACCCAGAAUAAAUAUUUUCCAUAUGACAAAAUAGUUUUCCUUCUCACUUUCAGCUGAUUUUGCCAUGCAUAUAUUGUAUCUUUUUAUCAUCCUAUCAUCUAUGCACCUGUUAUUUUCUUUAAUCAUAUCAAUUAUUAAUGAAAUUUAGGAUACUUACGAAUACCAUUACAGUUGUAAUGAUGAUGGUUUUGUGUAAAGCAUGGAUGGAAUACAUUAUCUUGUAAGAAUGGUUGUGUGUUUGAAAAUAGGAGCUUAAAUUUCCUGCUUAAUUAAUGUAAUUUCCAGCCAUUUCUUUAUAUAUUCAUAUAAUUUUUUUUUAUUAUUAAUAUUAUUGUUAUACUUAAUAUCUCUUAUUUAAGGUAAAAUUCAGUAAUGUCAGAAAAAUCAGAUCUUCUGUUAAUACUGCAGUCAUAUAAGACUGUUAACUGUACUGUCAGAUAUCAUAACACUUGUAAACUUUAACAUAACUUCUUAACCUUAAUUUAAGUUAAGUAAACUUAAUGAAAGGUGGUAGUUACGGUAACUACAGUCAUUAUUUAUAAUUUGGAAAUGAUUUCAAAAGAGAAUACAUUUUUAUGGCUUUAUUGACAACAUAGGAUAGAAGAAUCACAAAUCUCGAUAUAUUUUUUUAGGAUGUAAACAUUUUUCAUUUCAGCUUUAAACUAAUAACAGUACAGAGACUUUAUUUAAUGUACAUCAUUCCAUGUUUCAUUUUAAAUUUUCUGCUUCCAGAUAUAUGUCUGUAUGUCAUACUUCUAUAAAAUCCUGACAAUGUUUUGAUGUUGAUAUUUCAUUUACACAUUUUGAUUUAAUCUAUAAUAUUCUCUUCUUUCCUUUAUACACACACA